AGCUGUCUGCUCCGACCAACGGAUCACCUUCCUAAUCCAAUGACCAGUUGCCAAGUCGUCCAAAGCUGGCCCAUCACGUGCGCGGCAACUAGUUGGUCCAAAUCGGACUGGUGGGCCCGCCUGGAACUCGGCUCCUCUUCUAUAAUAAACCUCAGAAACAUCAAAUCGGGACUGUCAGAAACAACAGGGGAGCCCAUGGCCGAAGCAACGACGAAUCUCCUCCGGAAUUCCAACGGGACUGGUAGAUCUUCCGGCGGACCGGGCAGUCUGGGCUUCAUGGUGUUCGGGUUCUUGGAUGACGGCGGCUGCGAUACGUGGCGUAGUUUCGGCGGGUCCGGCGAAGAGGAGAUAUUUGAGAACGAAGAUGACUCCACGGAUGGAGAAGUUAAGAGCAGCGAGGAAGACAAAGCUUUUUGGGAAUCCAAAGAACAAUCUCUUCUGGCAACCUUGCGAAGGACCAGUUCAUUUGAAUCUAAAGUCCGGCUAGCAACGAGAGAAGCCAUGAGGGAACUAGAGCUCACCGGAGCUCCUUGUGCUUGCCCAAGACCAGUGGCCGGUGGCUGCCGGAACUGCCUACAGAGAGAAAUCUCCCAGCGCCUCCGAAUCGCCAGCUACAGUUGUGCCAUUCGCCAAUCCAGGUGGAGGAGCUCGUCGGACAUUCCUUCAGGAGGACAUACCUAUAUGGAAGUGGUGGACUCGAGUUCAAUGAAAGGAGAAGAGAGAGUGAUUAUUGAGUUAAAUUUCAGGGCUGAGUUCGAGAUGGCGAGAGCCAACGAAGAAUACAACCGGUUAGUCUGCCGCCUGCCGGAAGUGUUCGUCGGAAAAGCCAAGAAAUUACAAGCCCUAAUCAGGAUUUUGUGUACAGCAGCCAAGAAGUGCAUGAAGGACAGAAAAAUGCACAUGGGGCCAUGGAGGAAGCAGAAGUACAUGGAAGCCAAGUGGUUUGGCACGUGCGAGAGAACGCCGGUGGCGGCGGUCCAGCCGACCACGUUUUCUGGUCACCAGCCUAAUGCAAGAGUCUCCAUGCUGACCUCUGACUUGGUUGGGGGCUUGCCGGAUUUUCAUUGCCGGCCGUCGGUUAAAGUUGUGUGAUCAGUGUGAUGGAAAAACAAGUUUUGAUUAUAUAUAUACUGUAAGAAAGUUUGUCCCAGUGCGACAUACUGUAAGAAAGUUUUGUCCCAGUGCGACUUUGGAAGAGUUAUUGAUACUUUAGGAUUUGUUUGGCACCGGGUUACUCUUUUAAGUUAAUUAUUGAAUAAAAUAUUCAUACUCUAUGCCGCUUUGCUGUA